AUGACGAUACCACUUUCAAUUGUUGAUGAUGUUGCUAUCUUUGAUUUACGUCAACAACAUCAUCGCCACAACAUGUUACCUGUGUAUGUUCUCUUUGAUUCUCGUACCAUGUCUCACAACCACCCAGCAAGAACCCCACCUUGGUCUGUCAUAGAUCAAGCUCGUAUCGCCCACAUGUUUCACAACCACAACAAUGUUUUAUCAAGGUUAACUUCAGGUACCGUGUCUGUGGUAGAUGAAACUGUUCUCUAUGAUUCUGCUAUGGGCAAUGUUCCAAGAAGAUCAAGGGUUCAUCCAAGACGGUCCAUGAAUCAUCAAACGGGUCAUCGACACCACCACCACAGUGGAACUAGAGCUUCUCCACCUGUGAUCCGUGUUCAAAAUACUAGACCUUCUCCUGUGGUGAUCCGUACUCAAGAUGCUUCUCAACAUCUUGCAACAUCCACAACAGAUGCAGAAUCCAUCUGUUGCAUUUGUCUUGUUCACUUGUCAAGUGGUUCUUCCACGCCAAUUCGGCUGCGCUGCUCUCAUGUUUUUCAUAGUGACUGCAUUCAAAAAUGGAAUAACAUUAAGAAAACUUGUCCACUCUGUCGCGCCAAUGUGUAA